GAGUCCACUGUAUACCCUGGAGGACUCAGAGAGCUCCACUUAACAGACCUCGCUACGCCACGUGACCCAAAAAUCUGGCUUCCUAUUGACCAAUAAUGCUAAAGUCCCGCCUAGUAACUUCCGGUGAAUUUUCUUUAAGCCAAGGCCACAGGCGCUUUUCUGUCUUUCAGCCACGAGGCGGUCGGGAGAUCUGCCGUGCCCAGGACUUCGGAUCGCGUGGACCUCGCCCGCCCCUCCCUUCCCCACUCUCCCCCAAGCCUUUAUUAAAGCGGUUUGACUCCAGCGCUCGUGUCCGUGUGUGCGUGUCCGGCCACGCGCUGCCUUUGAGCCCCCGCCGUGCCUCCUCGUGGCGCCGGGGGUUAAGCUGCAGCGCCAUAGCACGUUGCUCGCGCAUAACUGGGGCCACCUGCUCAUCGCGGGUGGCCCUUUUAACCGCCAGCUACAGGGGCGCGGGCGGGUCCAGAGCAGGCAAUUUCCACGCAGGGCACCCGAGACUCGAGCGGCCUGGGGGCCAAUGACUGCAUAAUGCUUUGCACAGUAUGCUCACCGACCUUUUGUUUUCACCCUAAUGCGGAGCUGAAAUGGAGUGGUAGGGAAGGGAGACGGGUUAGCACUGGAGCUACAUGGUCCCAAACACCUAAUCUAUGGCUCGCGAGUGUAGUGCCGACAUGUUAGUAAAACUUGCGGGCACACAGACCGCGGGGUGGCGCAAGUCUGCAGUUACCCGGGAAGGCUGAAGGCCAACCCCCAGCAAUUUAGUGACGCCUUAAGGAAGUAAAGCUGCUAGGAGGUAACUCAGUACUUGCUUAGCAUAUGUGCCUGAGGUCAGAUCCCCAGUACGGGGGAGGGGGGCAAAUGUUACAAAAUACUACAGGAAAUUUUAAUGUUCUCAACACUUAUAGAAAAACAUGACAAGCAUAGUCCUGAAGUUUUGGGGCAAAUUAAAGUCCCAAUUCCCUUUAAAUAGUUAACAAUAAGGGGUGGUUAUGAGGGUGAUGCAAAUCGCAGUCUGAGCCGACAGGGGGCCUCAGGACACAGCAUUGACACCUAAAACCCUCAUGUCAGUGGAUGAGGCCUUACAUUUGAGCUUGAUGUGAUUGCAUCAGUGUUCAAAGUGCGCAAGU